AUGUAUGUAGUAGACCUGCGCCCGCCCGUCACACCCCAAAAACAGGUGCAAGCCAGGGCUCUCCCGACCGAAGUAGUCCCGUUUGGCUCGCUCUGCUGUGGACAAGACAAGACGUCUCUUUCGCAGCCCAGUUCCGAUAGGUUGCGAGUCUGA